GCAAGAUGGAGGGCUGGAUGGAUGAGGCCUUCAUCAUCGGCCUCUCUCUUCCAGUCGAGAUACCCGUCCAGCAAGUCCGCGGCCGAAUCCGAAAGCUCGGCUCCGAGGAGACGGCUGGGAACACCGGCGCCUAAAUCAACCCGCGGCUAUGGGUUUGUUGGUCCCAGCGACGAGUCGGACAAGCAGCGCGCUCUGCUAGAGAUGCAGGAGAUGUACUGCGGCAACCGGCCCAUGCGGAUUUUGACUGCCACCCCAAAGACCCGAUCGCACUAUGGCAUGCAUAACAAGCGAUUCGGCCGCGCCCGCUUUACCGGCCAGGGCCGCCGUCUGGUCCGCGAUGGCAUCCCAGCCUGCCGGCCGACCUUCUUCCGCGGAGGUAUCCUGAAGGUCGAGCGGAAGGUCUUCAUGCCGGUUGCUGCCUCGCACUGCAUGACCCGAGUCCAACAACAGCAUUGUCACGCACGCUUCGUCCGCUCUGCCCAUGCUGCCGUGUGCCUUUCGACUGCUGCGCCGAUAACGGCACCAUCGGUUGCCCAGGCGCCCAUUGUCAUCGACGACGACGAAGAGCCCGAUCCUUGA